CGGGGAAACGGGUGUGUUGUAUGUUUACGAGUGGGUCAGGGGGUUAGUACGUGAGUCUUUUGAUGGUCUGAGGCCGACUCCCCCUUCUCUUCCUCCUCUUCCUCCUCCUCCGCUCGCACAAAUUUAUAAAGAACAAAAAUCGCGCUGGGGAGGGGGUUGAUCCGCUGAAGCUGAAACCGAGAGGCGAACCCAGGAAAGAGGAGUAUUUUGUACACGGGACUUUCCCCUCCUUCGUCCCUAAAAAGGAGGGGGAAAAGUCGAAUUUUGAAGGCGACAAAAAAGACGAGGCUUGCUACUGGGCGACGACGCCUAUUUUUGUGGAUAUAUAUAUUUUUUUAUUCGUAAAAAUAUGGCUGAGAACGUUCUGGAGUCUGGCCCGCCUUCAGCCAAGAGGCCUAAACUAUCUUCUCCGGCACUUUCUGCCUCCGCCAGCGAUGGAAACGACUUUAGCUCACUCUUUGACCUGGAGCAUGACCUGCCAGAUGAGCUCAUCAGCUCCUCUGACCUAGCUGUGGCGAAUGGAGGGGACCUAGGGCAGCUCCACACCAGUUUAGGUGGAGGCGGUGUAGCAAUCGGUGGGCUUGGAGGGGUUGGCACUGCUGGCCAGGAUGCAGCUGCCAAGCACAAACAACUCUCUGAGCUGCUCCGAUCGGGAGCACCGCCUGUAGCAGCGCAACAGCAGCAAGGAGGCAGUCCAGCUGGGGCAUCUAUGGGGCUUAUUGGGAGCAUGAAGGCAUCUCCAGGACCCCAGAACAUGAUGCCUCAGGGGCAGCAGCACCUCUCCCCUCAGCAGGCCAACCUACUUCAACAGCAACAGAUGGCAGGAAUGAUGGGUGGCAUAAACAGAACUAUGCUUGUACCUCAGAAAGGUAGUGGUCAGCAGCAACAAGGGGCCCCUACACCUCAGCAGCAAGGCAUGAUGGGAGGACAGAUGAUGAAUGGAACACCUAGAAUGGGCUACCCCAAUCCAGGCAUGGGCAGUAACAGUAACCUGCUGGCUGAGACCCUACAGCAGCAGGCAGCAGGAGGCCAAAGUGGACUAAGAGCACCGCAGCCUGGAGUAUUAAACAAGAUGGGGAUGAUGGGAGGUGCAGGCACCUAUGGAGGCCCCUAUAAUCCAAAUGCAGGUCAGAGUCUGAGUGGUGGAGGGCUUGCACCGCAGCUCAUGAACAAACCAGGUUUAACCAACAGCUUAGCCCAAUUCAACAUGGACAAAAAACCCCAGCCUAUGUCAAGCAUGCCGUCCAUGGCUUCCCAGCAGUCAACAGCUGGUAGUGCUGGAGGGGCAGCAGGGAUUGUACCUAAUGCCCAGGGAGGGCUUGGUCCAUCAUCAGCUGCAUCAGUAGGAGCAGGAGUUCCUCCUACCGCUGACCCAGAAAAACGCAAACUCAUACAACAGCAGCUGGUUCUCCUGCUCCAUGCCCACAAAUGCCAGCGGCGGGAGCAGGCUAAUGGGGAGAUACGCCAGUGCAACCUGCCCCACUGCCGCACUAUGAAGAACGUCCUCAACCACAUGACUCACUGCCAGGCUGGCAAAUCCUGCCAGGUGGCACACUGUGCCUCAUCACGACAGAUCAUCUCCCAUUGGAAGAACUGUACGAGGCAUGACUGCCCUGUGUGUUUGCCACUGAAGAAUGCAGGAGAUAAGAGGAAUCAACAGUGUGAGUCCCUACUAAGCACUGCUAAUGUGGGCUUAGGCACUGCUUUGGGUACAGCAUCAGGUGGCCCACACAGUGCUCCCAAUCUUAACACUCCAGGUCAGAUAGACCCCAGCUCCAUUGAGAGAGCCUAUGCUGCUCUGGGACUCACGUACCAGAGUAACCAGGUAUCCUCUCAGCCUGCCCAACAAACACCUAGGCCACUCAACAAUAUGGGUAGCAACCCAAUGGGUGUGAAUGGGGCUGUUGGUGUACAACCACAGAGUCAACCAUCUAACCUUCUUCAAGAUCCUAUGUUGCAUGUCAACAUGAAUGCUCAAAAUCUCUUAAGUGAUGGUAGUAGUGUGGGCAAUAUGGGCUCACUGCCUGUGGCCACUCCAGCUGCUGGUCCUGGCAUGAGAAAGAACUGGCAUGAGGACAUCACCCAGGAUCUGCGCAACCAUCUCGUCCACAAACUUGUCCAGGCCAUCUUCCCUACCCCAGAUCCAGCUGCACUGAAGGACCGGCGCAUGGAGAAUCUAGUGGCUUAUGCUCGUAAAGUAGAGGGGGACAUGUACGAAUCUGCAAACAGCAGGGCUGAGUACUACCACUUGCUAGCAGAGAAGAUCUACAAGAUACAGAAGGAACUGGAAGAGAAGCGGCGGAUGAGGUUGCAGAAACAGGGUAUGAUGCCUGGAAUGCUUCCUGCUGGGAUGCAGCAGGGACCCCCUGGCAUGGGGCAGCAAGGACCACCACCAGGACUUCCCCCAAUUCUCUCUGUAGAUGGCCCUCUAUCCGAUCCAUCCAUGGUGCGGCCCACUGGACCAAAUCAGAUGGUUAACAGGAUGCAGAACCCUGCUGGAAUGAAUCCAUUUAAUCAAAUACAGCCCAUGGGUCAGAGAUCCACUCCUCCACUUCCACUUAGUACACCCCUCAACCAGAUGCCUAUGGGGCCUUCAAGGAUGGCAACACCUAAUGUUGCACAAAUGCAGAAUCAGUAUCUACCAUCCGGCCAGUUUCAGGGUUCAAGCCCAAUGCAUGGUACUGGGCCAGUUGGUAUGGCACAACCUGGCCCUCAGGGUGGCAUGGCCCAGCAUGCUCCAAUUCCGACACCGCCGUUGCUGCCAGCCAGUAGUCCUUUAGCCCAGCCUGCCUCGGUUGGGGGAGUGGGAAGCGGGGCAUCAGUGGGCUCUCUAGGCACCAACAAUGGGGUCGGAGUGACUCCGUCAUCCUCCCCCUCUCAGUCCAUCAGCCUUUCACACUGUCCAGCUGUCCGGCAGAGCUCUCCCUCUCCAGCACGCAGCCGCACACCAACUCCACACCUCACACCGCCUCCAAGCCUACCAGGUUCACAGACUCCACAGCCUCACACCCCCAGUUUGCCCCACUUAAACCUGGGUGCUGGUCAGCAGCAGCUACCUCAGCCUGCUAACACUGACAAAGCCAUGCAACUACAGCAGCCAGUAGGAGGGGCUCCCUCAACACCAAAUGCUGCUCUUGCAUCUCAGCAUCCUCCCACUCCAUUGUCUCAGAAGGGCUCUCUGCCAGUAGAUGGCCAGGCUGCUACUCCUGCUUCUGUAAGCAGUGCUGAGGCAUCCUCCCAGCAGGCACCCUCCGAUGUUACUGGCAUUCUUGAGCCUAAGACUGAGCAUGAGGAUGAAGAAGAAGAGGCAGAUGAGGAAUCCUCAAUGAUGGGAGGCAGAACUGGCAAGAAAGGAGAUAUAAAGGCUGAGGAAAUGCCUGAGAUAAAGAAGGAGGAGCCUUCAAGUGAUGGAUGUAAAAGUAUUCCCAUGGAAACAUCUAUGGCAGCAGGGGAGGACAAAAAGCCUGAACUGAAAACUGAGCCUAAAGAAGGUGAUAUUGGUUUAGGAACCCCUGGCACUCCAGCUGGAACACCUAAUAAAAAGAAACUCUUCAAACCUGAGGAGUUGAGACAGGCCCUAAUGCCCACACUGGAGUGUCUCUAUCGCCAGGACCCGGAGUCUCUCCCCUUCCGCCAGCCUGUGGAUCCAUCACUCCUGGGAAUACCUGAUUAUUUUGACAUUGUAAAGAAUCCUAUGGACUUGUCUACUAUAAAACGCAAACUUGACACGGGCCAGUAUCAGGAGCCGUGGCAAUAUGUGGAUGACAUCUGCCUCAUGUUCAACAAUGCCUGGCUGUACAAUCGCAAGACUUCACGUGUAUACAAGUACUGCUCCAAACUGGCCGAGGUGUUCGAGCAAGAGAUAGACCCUGUCAUGCAGAGCCUUGGUUAUUGCUGUGGGAGAAAGCGGGAAUUCUCCCCUCAAACUCUGUGCUGCUACGGCAAGCAGCUUUGCACUAUACCUCGAGAUGCUGCUUACUUUAGCUACCAGAACAGUUCACCAAAAUAUGGACUUCUUGCUGACAGGUACCACUUCUGUGAGAAGUGUUUCAACGAGAUCCAGGGUGAAAGCGUGUCGUUAGGGGAUGACCCAUCCCAGCCGCAGACGUCAAUCAACAAGGACCAGUUUGAAAAGAAGAAGAAUGACACACUUGACCCCGAGUUAUUUGUGGAAUGUAUGGACUGUGGGCGUAAAAUGCAUCAGAUCUGUGUUCUGCACAAUGACACUAUUUGGCCUAUAGGCUUUGUUUGUAACGAGUGUCUGAAAAAGUCCAACAAGAACCGCAAAGAAAAUAAAUAUUCUGCUAAAAGGCUGCCCCAGACUAAACUGGGCAACUACUUAGAAACUCGUGUUAACGAAUUUCUGAAGCGCCAAAACCACCCAGAAUCUGGUGAUGUCACUAUUCGUGUUGUCCAUGUCUCUGAGAAGGUUGUAGAAGUCAAACCAGGAAUGAAAUCCAGAUUUGUGGACAGUGGAGAGAUGCCAGAGUCCUUCCCAUAUAAAUCAAAAGCUCUGUUUGCCUUUGAGGACAUUGAUGGUGCUGAUGUCUGCUUUUUUGGCAUGCAUGUGCAGGAAUACAGCUCAGAUUGUCCACACCCUAAUCAAAGACGAGUAUACAUAUCCUACUUGGACAGUGUGCACUUUUUUCAGCCACGUUGUUUGAGAACAGCAGUAUACCAUGAGAUUCUUAUUGGGUAUCUGGAGUAUGUCAAAAAAUUAGGGUUUACUACAGGCCACAUUUGGGCCUGCCCUCCCAGUGAGGGAGAUGACUAUAUCUUCCACUGUCACCCUGCAGACCAAAAGAUACCCAAGCCUAAGCGACUACAGGAGUGGUACAAGAAGAUGCUGGAUAAAGCUGUGGCAGAGCGCAUUGUACAUGACUAUAAGGACAUCUUCAAGCAGGCGACUGAGGAUCGUCUCACUAGUGCCAAAGAGCUGCCUUAUUUUGAGGGUGACUUCUGGCCCAAUGUGCUUGAAGAGAGCAUUAAGGAGCUGGAGCAGGAGGAGGAGGAGAGAAAACGGGAGGAGAACAGUACUUCCUGUGAAAGUGUAGAUGCUACAAAGGGUGACAGCAAGAACGCCAAGAAAAAGAACAAUAAAAAGACGAGCAAGAACAAGAGCAGUCUGAGCCGAGCAAACAAAAAGAAGCCAGGGAUGCCAAACGUGUCGAAUGACCUGUCACAAAAACUUUAUGCCACCAUGGAGAAGCAUAAAGAGGUGUUCUUUGUCAUCCGGCUGAUUGCUGGGCCCAUUUCUAAUGCUCUUCCACCAAUCAUGGACCCCGAUCCGUUAAUGGCAUGUGACCUGAUGGAUGGACGAGAUGCUUUCCUUACACUGGCACGGGACAAACACCUGGAGUUUUCCUCGUUAAGGCGGUCCAAAUGGAGUUCCAUGUGUAUGCUGGUAGAGCUGCACAACCAGAGCCAAGAUCGAUUCGUCUAUACCUGUAAUGAAUGCAAACACCAUGUUGAGACACGCUUCCACUGCACUGUAUGUGAGGAUUAUGACCUUUGCAUCACUUGCUACAAUACAAAGGGUCAUGAGCACAAGAUGGAGAAGCUGGGCUUGGGUCUGGAUGAUGAGAGCAACAGCCAAGCUGCAACCUCCAUGCAGAGUCCUGGUGACUCACGCCGUCUUAGCAUUCAGCGCUGCAUUCAGUCUCUGGUACAUGCUUGCCAGUGCCGCAAUGCCAACUGCUCACUUCCAUCCUGUCAAAAGAUGAAAAGAGUGGUCCAGCAUACCAAGGGCUGCAAGCGUAAAACCAAUGGUGGUUGUCCUAUCUGCAAGCAGCUUAUUGCACUUUGCUGUUACCAUGCUAAACACUGCCAAGAGAACAAGUGUCCUGUGCCUUUCUGCCUAAACAUCAAGCAGAAACUGCGUCAACAGCAGCUCCAGCACCGGGUUCAGCAGGCCCAGAUGCUUCGGAGAAGGGUGGCUAGUAUGCAAAGAACAGGCCAGCCACUAAUUGGUGGAAAUGAGGGGUUGCCAUCACCCAGCAAUAAUGGUACUACUGGACCUGGGACACCCACACAAAGUACUCCAUCUCCUGCCCUACAGCCACCCACUCAGCAAUGUCCAACUCCUGUCCCCCAGCCUGGAGUUGCAGGAGGUCCACAGCAGCAGCAGCAACUUGCAGGAAUGGUGCAGCAUCCUCAAUUCCAGCAGCUACCUGCCGGUGGAGGGAUGAUGAACUCUCCACAGCAACAGAUGGCUCAACAACAACCACCACCACAGACACCGUCCAUACAGCAGCUUCAGCAUCCCAACAGCCUUCCUCCAUAUGUGCAAAGACCUCCAGGUUCCUCUCCACUUUCUCAGUCUAUGGGGAAACCUGGUAUGGGCCCAGCUAGUCUACCCCAGCAACAACAAUCAAACCCAGGUCAGUCAACAUUUCCCUCACAGCAGCCCUCUGGUCCUCCUCCUGCAGCCCUGGAAAUGGCUUUGAAGAUUCAGCGAGUGGCAGAGACUCAAAGGCAAAUGGCUAAACAAAAAAGCCUGCAGAUGAAUCAAGGACCAGGGAUGAUGGCCCCACACACUCUGCACCAGAGCCCUCAGGCUCAAAACCCAAUGGGCCUGAACCAUCCUGGAGCAGGGAUGGUGGGGCCCCAGGGAUUACAAACCCAGACACAAUCCACUGUAGCCAGGGCUCAAAUGGAGCAACAGCAGUGUGUGGUAGGAGCUGGCAUACAGCAACAAGGAGGGCCUCAAAACCAACUUCCUCCUCAGGUGCAAAUGCCACAAGCUCCACAGGGCGGACCUCAGCUCCAACCUCCACAGCAGCAGUGGGGAACCCCUAGCAUACCCCCUCAGCAGAGACCAGGAAUGUUGAGUCAAAUGGGUCAUGCAGGAAUGGUUGCUGGGCAACAACCACCACAGAUGGUGCAGCAGCAGCUUCCACAACAGGGGCAACCAAGAGUGAUGGGUAUGAUGGCUGGCCCAGGUGUAGCUUCAAACCCAGGAAUUGGCAGUGGAGGUCUCCUUCAGAGUGCCUUGCAAGACCUUCUUGGAGCUCUGCGUUCCCCCAGUUCCCCCCUUCAACAGCAACAGGUCCUGAAAAUAUUGCGCUCAAAUCCUCAGCUUAUGGCAACAUUUGUCAAGCAGCGUGUGCCGAAAUACCUUGGAAGAGGUGGGCCUGGUGCUGGAGGUGCAGGCCCAGCAACCAUGGAAAGCCAGCAGCUAAAUGUAAAUACAGGGGGCACUCAACCAGGUAUGCACAUGGGUCAAGGGACCGGCAUGCCCCCUACGAACCCACUUCAGCAGCAGCAACAACAACUUCAACAGCGUUCCCUUAUGGGUGUGAAUAUGCAGCAGCAGCAGCAAAUGGCUUUGCAACAGCAACAUGGUGUUAUGCCUGGUCAAGGCUCAAACAUGACCAGUAUGUCACCCCAGUUCAAAGAAUUCAUGAGGAAACAUUUGCAGCAGCAGCAGCAGAUGGGAAACCUUGGUCAGUUUCAGCAUCCGCAAUCACAACAGCAGCAAGGUUAUCUUGCCCAGGCCGGGAUGCCGUCUCAGCAGCCAGGUCAAGCUCAAGCUGGUGGACUGCCGCAGCAGCAAGGAGGACCACAGGCUGUUCUUCAACAGAAUUAUUCAGGAUCCAUGUCUCCACAGGUGGCAGCAGCCUUACAACAGAGAUUGCAGCAGCAGCAGCAACAGAAUGCUAUGAGUGGACUCCAAGGGAGUGAUGGUGGUAGUUCACUUCAACAGCAGCAACUACAGCCCCCUCAAGGUGGUUCUCAGCCUCAGCCUUCCCAGGCCAUUAUCCAGCAAGCACUGCACCAAAGGCUCCUCCAGCAGCAGCAGCAGCAGCAUCAGCAUCAUCUAGGUGGUGGGUCUCCUGCUCAGCAUAAUAAUCCCAUGAGCCCUCAACAGCCAAUGUCCCAGUCUCCGCAUUUACAGGGCCACCAACUUUCCACUUCUCUUAGCAACCAAGUGAGGUCACCCCAGCCAUCGCCACGACCCCAGUCUCUGCCACCAAACUCUAGUCCAUCUCCUCGCAUGCAACCCCAGCCUUCUCCACACCGCAUCUCCCCCCAAACCCAAACAGGCUCUCCACAUCCUGGUCAUCUUCCCCCACAUCACACUGGCAUGGUAGCACCUCCACUUCCACAACAACCAUCUCAACAGCAACAACAGGCUAAUGCUUUGGACCAAGCCCCAUUUGGGUCAGACCAGAAUGCCAUGCUUUCACAGCUUGGUGGAAUGGGGCCCCUGCAUGGGCAAGGAGCUAAUGACAUGAUGGCUGGCAGCAACCAAGACAUGGGGACAAAUCACAGCUCAUUAAAUUUAAUGUAGCAUUACAGUCCUCAAAACACUUAACAGGAAUGGGUUGCAAUUUUAAAAAUUUACUGUUGCUCUCAUUAGUGUUAUUAUUUAAUAUUUUUGAAGUAAAUGAAAAGACUACACCUUCCUAUGGGAGAUACUACAUUAAAUGAGCAAAUAUUAAUAAAUUAAAUGAAUGGUAAAUUAUUGCUGUUAAUAUAUGCACAUAUAUUUUUAGCCAAUUGUGUUCAAAGGGUUCUGGGUGAAAGGAUGGGAAUAUUCUCCUUGGUAUUUGAUGUACUAUUUUUGGGGAUGACUGCCUUUUUAUAAAUAUUUUUUUAAGAUUUUAAAUGCAUAAAAUUAAAGAGAAAAAUGUGUUAACACAA